AUGCCUGCUAGACAGGAACGAAGAGCGUGGCGAGUGACCUACAAUAAGAGUCCACAUCAUCACGGUAAAUUCGCUGUGAAGCACUAUGUCUUCCACGACUGGCGUUACAAGUUCACCUUCUACAACGUGGCCGACCCAAGGCCUGUGAUCAGCACUGUCCUCGGCUCCCUCUCUGGCGAUGCUGCGGUGACCUGCGACUUCGCCUGGUACUUCCCUGGCACUCAAGAAUACCUCGUCGAGACGCGGAAGACUGAGGAGGCGCAGGAGGACACCAAAGAGCUGCUCUUCCAAGGGUAUGAGCAUUACCUCAAGGCCAACUACGUCGAUAUGGAGCAUAGAAAGACCUAUACAGGCGCCACAGUGACUAUUACGGAAGAGGCAGGGCCCUUUCUCCGCAUGGCUGCCCACCAUGGCCGCAUGCCUGCCCAAGAGAUCGUCUAUGAGUAUGACCCUCCACCACGAGAUGAGACUCGUCCCCGGCCUAGUCAGGGGCCUCCUGAGGAGAUCGAGACCCCCUCUCUUGUGCGACCUAGUCGUUGUGAUCCAUCCCUGGGAGAGGGGUAUGUCCUCUCCAUGGCCACACGAAUUCAGGACGAUGCAUCAGCGAUCGAUCAGCGCAUCGAGGCUCUUCGUGCUGAGAUCGAGAAGCUUUCUCGUUCACCACCAACGGACCACAGAGUGAGGGAUCAUGCCUCUACUGUGACUAUGAACGAUACCCCUACCACGGGAGGUACCUCUAAGGACCAAGAUGGACCAUCGACAAUACCGCUGCCGUCGGUGGACAUGCUUCUCGAGGCAGCAGCUAAGGAGGUUGAAGAGAUUGAGGUCUUCCUUGGCCUUCGACCACGAGAGGACCACCGGUCCGGCCAGGAUCAGAUCAUCGGCCCGGCCGUUGCUGAGCACAUAGAGCGAUUAUACAAGUCGGCUUUGAAGCUCCUACGACAGACCUUAUGCCUCGAUAAGCACUUCUCUGCCAUCGAAAGUCGAUGGGGGACCGAUCGGGACUGCGCCUUCCCUGAAAUCCUACAUGCCAGUGAGGUCUUCAGUGAAGUUAUCGAGCGGAAUCGCACUGAGAGCGCCGAAACCUCUGGUCAUACAGAAGAGAUACUGCGCCUCUACGAGAAGUACGAGGGUCUUGCCCCUGUCCUUGAUGGUCUGAUGGGCACGUGUGAGAGCCUCGAGGCCCGAAGUGAGUAUAUAAUCAGUGCCCGUCGUUUCAUGACAGAGUUGCAAGCUAUGGAGACGCGGAUCGGCCACUUACAGCGACUGCUAGAUACUGUACGAUGA